AUGCGAGAAUUCCGCUCUGGUUCGUCCCGCAUUUUGAUCUCCACAGAUCUUCUUGCUCGCGGGAUUGACGUGCAGCAGGCCGUCUACUCCACCCGCGGUGACUUCAAGCAGUUGGACCUGCCUACGGUGUGGUUCGAGCUCUUCAGAUGCCUUCCGACCGAGCUCAACCUGCCGGACAACCUGACGGACCCGGACGACGUGGCCCUCAUGGUGACCGUCACAAUGCUGGCGAUGGCCCUGAGAGACAAGAGUCGAGGCCGUGGUAACGACUCUUCUGCCCCGUCUUGGACAAGCAACAUGGGCCCCUCUCGGGGCGUGAAGUUCCGUGGUGGCGCUGCGCCGACACCUCCUGCAUGGUCUUACGAUGUCAAGGACAUCCGCGCCUACGAGAAGUACGAGAAGAAGGUUCGACUGUGGCAGAUGCAUGCCCGUCACUUCAUGACCGACAAGGAGAUUGGCUUGAGCUUGUACACCUCUCCUAGAGGAGAGGCUGAGCAAGAGUUGGAAUUUCUUGAAGCUGAAGCCAUCUACGACCGGCAAGGUGUCGACGCGAUCCUGCAGCACCUUCGGGCCUCUUUCCAACAAAAGACGAGCGUGUACAUUAAGAGGCAAUACCUCUUUGAGUACGAGACAUUGGGAUGCUUCAACUGCGCCGUAGUGCCCGAGCCGAAUGAUGACCCUGAAGGCGAUGAUUUGCCUCAAGAAGGUCAGGAUGAAGUACCUGGCGAUGACGACGAGCUGGGUGAGAAAGAUCCCUCCGGAGAAGACCUUGGUUUGAAUGAUUUGGCUGAAGUGCUCACCGUCACAGCGCGAAAGCUGGCAGCAGUGACUCAGGGGAGAAAAUUUUCUGGCCAGCCAAAACGAAGCUUGGCUGACAAGAAGCGCAAUUCAAUCUGCGCUGGCUGUGGCAACAAAGGCCACUGGGCCAAUGAUGAUGAGUGUCCACUCAAUCAGAACCAGAGUGGUUCGUCUUCUGCAGCCCCUAAGCGGAAAGGCAAAGGCCACAAAGGCCGUGACGACCGUGGAGCCGUCGACGCCAAAAAGGUGAUGACCGUCUUCCACAACACCGGUUUUGAUUCCACCAUCGAAUACAUCCCCGAUGACACUGCACCCAACCAUCACUUCGCCAUGGUCUGCACUGCGCCCAUCUUCUCAUGUUUGACCACAUCAUUUCAGGACUCCUUCGGGUACAUGAUUAUGGAUACCGCCUGCCAGAGAGCAUGCUGUGGUCAAAUGUGGAUGGAUGGUCACGAGAAGUUGUUGAAAGAGUUUUCCCUCAAGGUUUUCUAUGAAGAGAGCAAUGAACAUUUUCAAUUUGGAUCAGGUCAACCAGUGGUCUCCACCCAGAAAGCUUGGAUCCCGGCCGGUUUGGAGCAGCAUUGUUUGAGUUUUGGUGUGAACGUGUUGCCCUCCGAGAUCCCCUUCCUUGGAAGUUUGAAGAUCCUCAAUAGCCUGGGUUCCAUCAUCGAUCUCAACCAACGUGUCGUUCACUUCAGCACGAUCGGAGUCACAUGUCCUUUGAAACGUGUUUGUGGCCACCUUGCAGUUGAGAUUUGUGUUUUUCCACCACGUCCGCAUCGUUUGUCCAUUUGGAGCAAGCUGUUUGAGAGCGGCUUCACAGAUCCAGAAAUUGCACACGUUUGUCUAUUGAAGGUCUACGACCCGGUGUUGCGGCAGCGCUGGAAGCAUCUAUGCCGGCGGCUCCAUCACCUGGCUCGCGCAGCGGUGGUGCAUGUGUACCAGGCCAAGCGGCUGGGGGUGUUGAGCGCCAAGGACUACAAGAACAUCACGGACAAGGACGAGACCACGGACGACCCCAAGAACAAGGAGAAGAUGCCUCAGAGACGCGCCAAAGCGUCCACAGCUGCCAGAUCAAAGACAGCAUCAUCGGCAGCGGCAUCAAGCAGUACUCCAGCCAAGGCCUACCACGUCAAGAACCAGACCGAGUGCCCACACCCAACGUUCAAGCGACGCGGCAACCGGCACGGAAGCUUUGCAACGUGCACGGCACGCAUGGCACGCUGGAAGUGGGACGGCCGCGGUUGGAAACAGCAUGGCUCCUCCUCCAAGUUGUCACUGCCGCUACCGUCUUUCUUGACGACGGUGGAUGGUUCCAUCAAGCCUCCAGGGUACACGGGAGAGACGUUCCUUCAGCUGCCACCACCGGGCUACGAGACACAUGAAGCCAUCCAGCCAGAUGCAGGACUGCGAUGUGGCAUCCAUCGAUCUGGAGGCACCAGAGGUGGAGGAGACGGGCAGCAUCUACAGCUGGCCCCCGGGAAGCGAAAGCGAUUGGUGGGAGAAGUGAAGAAGGCCACCAAAGCACUUUGGCCUGAGGUGUUGGUUGUCAACGACAUACCUUCCGAGAAGAACAAGCCACACUAUGUGGACGUCUUCGAGCUCUUCGCUGGUUCAGCCAAGGCCACGCUCUUCGCCAAGAAGUAUGGACUUAACGCCUUGGAGCCCUAUGAGCUUGCAGAUGGGAAGGACCUGUGCGAUAAGAAGGUUGAAAGCUUUGUCUUGGAUGCCCUUCGACGGAUGAGGCCAUUGCUUCUUUUGAUUGGCUUCCCUUGCACAGAGUUCUGCAUCAUGAACGAGAACUGCAACUAUGCCCUGCGUCCUGAGGAACUUGAACUACGCAGAGCACUGAUGAGACCAGCGCUCAAGUGGGUGUGCAAACUAUGCCAAGAACAAGCUGCUUCAGGGAGGUACUACAUCCUUGAGAACCCCCUCAGAAGUCGUCUUUGGCAAGAAGCUUGUGUGAAAGAGCUCUAUAAGGUGGACAACACCGAGUUUGUCAACUGCGAUGGCGGCGCAUUUGGCGCCGUUGAUUUGGACGGAUUUCCCAUCAUCAAGACCUACGGCUUCCUGCUCAACUGCCCCAAGAUUGCAAGAGCCUUGGACAGGCGCUUAUCACCUCAGGAAAGACAAGUUUGCAAGCCACUCGAAGGAGCCAAUGUGACAGCGUCCCAGGUCUACCCUGAUGACUUGGUGCACGCCAUCCUUCGAGCUCUACGAAAGACAGCGAACACCUUCACUGGCGGAACUGUGCGUUCUUUGGUCCUACAACCCGGACAAGCUCUUUUCAAGCGUGUGGAGUCCCUGGUACCAUGGGAGCUUACAAGAGUGCAGAUAGCUUCGACUCCUAUGACCAGACGCAUGCCCCGAGACAUCCCUUUCACUCAUCGUGGUGCCGCUCUACUACAUGCUGACGAGAGCCUGGUCUUAGAAGCUGAAGAUUUGGCCGUGAUCGAGUUCCCCAAGCAAAGGUUCAGCAAAGUGGUGAGUGCAGCCAUUUUCUUUUAUGGACUGGUGGACGAAGACCUACCAGCUCGCCAAGAACAACCUUCUGGAGAACCUGAUCCCGGCGAUCAAGGAGAUCCUCAACUACCAGUUCCUGGUCUGAGGACUGACGUGACCUUUCCAGGAGCGCCCAAAGAGCUUGCAUCAGCUGUCAAGGCAUCCGUGGCUCGCUUGCGCCUGAAUACCGGUCACGCCAACAAGAAGGAGCUCAUCCGCUUCCUCUCAGCUCACGGCUCAGUGAACUUUGGAGAACGUGUGCAACUGGACAUAGUGUAUGUCCGUGAUCUGACCGGCUCCAACCACAUGAUCCUGGGCAUGGUUGACUUAGCCACUAGCUUUCAGCAAGCUGUGAGAGUUCAGUCCCGCAAUGCAGAGCACGUCCUUGAGAUGUUCCGUCGGGCCUGGCUAGCUCCCUACGGCUACCCGCUGGUCUGUGAAGUGGAUGCCGACGGAGCUUUUGAAGGUGAAUUUCGACUACAACUUGAACACGCUGGAGUUCAUGUACCUGUGAUUCCUCCCGAGGCCCAUUGGAGGAUUGGCACUGUGGAACGGCGCAACGCUAUUUUGCGCACCGCCCUGGAGAAGCUGAUCGACGAGAACGCCGUGGUCAACGGCGCUGGACUGGAUUGGAUCCUUGUGGCAGCCGUUCAAGCACUAAAUGCCUCGACAGCAUCCAAAGGCCGCUGUCCCUACCAAGCUGUGUUCGGAAGGUUGCCCCGUUUUCCAGGAGAUCUCUUCUCAGAUGACCGUGCACUGGCCGUGACGGACAGCCACCUCUUGGCAGAAGAACUUCGUUGUCAAGCCUUGAGAGUGAUCAAUGAAAUGCGUGCCUCACAAACAAUCCGUCGUGCCCUCCCUCGCAAAACCAAGCCUGGCAGAGACGAGUGCAAGCAGAUUCUUCCUGGAUCCCUCGCUGCCUAUUGGCGUUGGUCAAAGAAGGUCACCUAUGAACAGUUGAGGCCUGCCUAUGGCAUGGAGUCAUGGACACCGAGCCUCGAGGACAUGAAAGCCCUGAAGACCGCAGAGUUGGCUUUGACUGAUGGACUAUGGCGUGAUGAACGAGGACCUGGACCUCCGGAAGAAGAGACGCUGGACGUCCAUGUUGAUGAGCCUAUGGCGCAGAAGCAACACCAAUGGCACUUGAAGGACAACCUGCAGCUGAAGAUGAAGGCGUUGGACCGGGAGAUUCCGUGGCGUGUGAUUGUUGCUGGCCCCAAAGAGAUCUUUGACCUGUAUGUGGCCGCCAACAUCAAGGAGUAUGAGAGUUGGUUGAGUUGGGCAUGCAUCCGACCCUUGAGUGAAGAGAGAAUCCAUGAGAUCAAGAACACACCCUCACUGAAGCGCCGGAUCAUUCCAGCCAGGAAUGCUUACCGAGACAAGAACCGGCAGGCUCAGUGCACAGACUGCAAAAGUCUGUAUGACGCUGUGAUUUCACCUAAUGUGAGCACCAGUGAGAAACGCACUAUGAUCGCAAUCAGAUCAGCGCAGGACUUCAUCAAAGAGGAUGAAUGUCGAAAGGGCGUGGCCAUCAAUUUUGUUACGAACAACGACGUUCGCAUCAUGAAGGACCUUGAGAGGCACGUCAGAGCAAAAGUUCGCAGCACAAAGCUCGCGCCAUGCUUCUAUAUAGUAUUAUAG